AUGAAGAUUCGCUCCUCUCCUGUGUCGUUCAGCAGUCUCGUGUUCACCUCCAACCUCCGGAUCAUACCGCUCCUCCUGCUCUUUCUGGGAUAUUCUCGCGGGAUGCCACACGUACUAAGAUUCGGUGGGAUAUUCGAGUCGACAGAGAGCGGGCCGUCCGGAGCCGAGGAGCUGGCCUUCAAGUUCGCCCUGAACACCAUCAACAGAAACCGCACGCUGCUGCCCAACACCACGCUCACAUAUGACAUCCAGAGAAUCAACAUCUUCGACAGCUUUGAGGCCUCCAGGAAAGCAUGUGACCAGCUGUCCCUGGGUGUGGCCGCCAUCUUCGGCCCCUCCCACAGCUCCUCGGCCAAUGCGGUGCAGUCCAUCUGUAAUGCUCUGGGUGUGCCUCACAUCCAGACGCGCUGGAAACAUCAGGUAUCGGACAACCGCGACUCAUACUACGUCAGCCUGUUCCCCGACUUCUCCUCGCUGUCCCGCGCCAUCCUAGACCUGGUGCACUUCUUCAGGUGGAGGACGGUGACGGUGGUGUACGACGACAGCACAGGGACAGGUCUGAUCCGCCUGCAGGAGCUCAUCAAAGCGCCAUCGCGCUACAACAUCCGGCUGAAGAUCCGGCAGUUGCCCACGGAGACCAAGGACGCCAAGCCCCUUCUGAAGGAGAUGAAGAAGUCCAAGGAGUUCCAUGUCAUCUUCGACUGUGGGCACGAGAUGGCCGCCUGGAUCCUCAAACAGGCUCUGGCCAUGGGCAUGAUGACCGAGUACUACCACUACAUCUUCACCACACUGGACCUGUUUGCUCUGGACAUGGAGCCGUACCGCUUCAGUGGAGUGAACAUGACCGGCUUUAGGAUCCUGAACACAGACAACCCCCAAGUGUCCUCCAUCAUCGAGAAGUGGUCCAUGGAGAGACUGCAGGCUCCGCCCAAGCCCGACUCCGGCCUGCUCGAUGGGUUCAUGACGACGGACGCGGCGCUCAUGUACGAUGCAGUCCAUGUGGUCGCUGUGGCGGUGCAGCAGGCCUCUCAGAUCACAGUCAGCUCCCUGCAGUGCAACCGACACAAGCCCUGGAGGUUUGGAGGGAGAUUUAUCAACCUCAUCAAAGAGGCUCAGUGGGACGGGCUGACGGGACGGGUCCUCUUCAACAGGACCAAUGGACUGAGGACAGACUUCGACUUGGACGUGAUCAGCCUCAAGGAGGACGGACUGCACAAGAUCGGCACUUGGGACCCCCCUAGUGGCCUGAACAUGACCGACAGCCACAAGAGCAAGACGUCCAACAUCACCGACUCUCUGGCCAACAAGUCUCUGCGUGUCUCCACCAUCCUGGAGGAGCCGUACGUGAUGUUUAAGAAGUCGGACAAGCCUCUGUACGGGAACGAGCGCUUCGAGGGCUUCUGCAUCGACCUGCUGAAGGAGCUGGCGGCCAUCUUGGGUUUCCGAUACGAGGUGCGCCUGGUGGAGGACGGGCGCUACGGCGUGCUGGACGAGAGCACGGGCCAGUGGAACGGCAUGGUGCGAGAACUCAUCGACCACAAAGCAGACCUGGCUGUAGCUCCUUUGGCCAUCACGUACGUUCGGGAGAAGGUCAUCGACUUCUCCAAACCCUUCAUGACCCUGGGCAUCAGUAUCCUGUACCGCAAACCCAACGGCACCAACCCCGGGGUCUUCUCCUUCCUCAACCCCCUCUCCCCCGACAUCUGGAUGUAUAUUCUGCUGGCCUGCUUGGGUGUCAGUUGCGUGCUGUUUGUCAUUGCCAGGUUCAGCCCAUACGAGUGGUACAACCCGCACCCGUGUAACCCUGACUCGGACGUGGUGGAGAACAACUUCACACUGCUCAAUAGUUUCUGGUUUGGAGUCGGGGCGCUCAUGCAGCAAGGCUCCGAGCUGAUGCCCAAAGCCCUGUCCACACGCAUCGUAGGAGGUAUCUGGUGGUUCUUCACGCUCAUCAUCAUCUCCUCGUACACGGCUAACUUGGCGGCCUUCCUCACCGUGGAGAGGAUGGAGUCUCCCAUAGACUCUGCAGACGACCUGGCCAAGCAGACCAAGAUCCCCUACGGAGUGGUGGAGGACGGAUCCACCAUGACAUUCUUCAAGAAAACCAAGAUCUCGACGUACGAUAAGAUGUGGGAGUUCAUGAACAGCAGGCGGUCCUCGGUCAUGGUGCAGAACGUGGAGGAGGGCAUCCAGCGCGUGCUCACCUCAGACUACGCCUUCCUCACAGAGUCCACCACCAUCGAGUUUGUCACCCAGAGAAACUGCAACCUCACCCAGAUCGGAGGCCUCAUCGACUCCAAGGCUUACGGCGUCGGGACUCCUAUGGGCUCACCGUACCGAGACAAGAUCACCAUCGCGAUCCUGCAGCUCCAGGAGGAAGGGAAGCUGCACAUGAUGAAGGAGAAGUGGUGGAGAGGUAAUGGCUGUCCAGAGGAGGAGAGCAAAGAGGCCAGUGCUCUGGGCGUUCAGAACAUCGGUGGUAUCUUUAUCGUGCUGGCUGCAGGACUCGUGCUCUCUGUGUUUGUUGCCGUGGGAGAGGUCCUCUACAAGUCCAAGCAGAACGCACAGAUGGAGAAGCGCUCCUUCUGCAGUGCCAUGAUGGACGAGCUGCGCGUGUCUCUGAAGUGUCAGCGCCGUCUCAAACAGAAGCCCCAGCCUCCGGUCAUCGUCAAAACUGAAGAGGUCAUCAACAUGCACACCUUUAAUGACCGCAGACUGCCCGGCAAGGAGACCAUGGCGUAAAGAACUCACAAACUCUCCACAAACUGCUCUAAACGGGGCCAGAGACAGCCUCAGCUCCUGGGGUCACACAGACUCCUGAGUGACCCCCUGCCAGAUGUUUCCUGUGGAAAUAUGAAAUCUUCUUGACAGCGUCACCUCAACGUGACUCUCGGAAAAAGGACAAGAAGAAUGUGCUCGGAUGUGACUCAAAUGGAUUCAAGUGGGCCAUGUGUUAGACUUUGCGUAUGUAUGACCUGGGACGGGAAUAGAACCGGCAGCUCUACGUAAG